AUGGAAACUAUAGGCAUGAAAUUCUUGUCAAAAAUACCCAGCUUGAAGAGCCAAACCUUGGAUCGUAGGAUGAAGAGGAAGACUAUGGCAAAAAGACGAAGGAAAGCAGUGCUAGCUAAUGAACAAAAAUCUAAAUAAAACGAUCCCAGAUAUUGAGCAAAGGAAUAACUCCUUAAUGGUACAAGAGACUCUAUCCAAGGCUAGCAAGGAUCUCCGAGCAGAGGUUGAUAGCUUUUUGUCAACCAAGGGAAGUGGGUUCAAGGCAAAUCACCUCUAAUUCUGGAUAAUAGCCCUCAUGGUCCCAAAAGCCGUCAUUCUUUAUGGCCAUUUCUAAGUGAUUACAUCCAAGAUAAAAAGACGAAUGAUUCUGUAGAUAGCUUUAUAAAAUCAAGAAAAGGGGAGAAGCAGGUAAUGAACCUCAUCCGUAGUCCCAGGGCUAGUAAAUUAGUUACUAACAAUACGAACAUCAUGAAGGCACUCGUGAUGAAAGAAUUAAUAAUGCCUCGCUUGAAAAAGAAUGAUGGCAGCCCAGCCUGAGGCGAGAAUACUGAUGACUUUAGAAGGAAUACUGGUGAAGAACUUCAGAGAAUGUUAAAAUAAUCCAAAAGGAUUGGAGAAGAUCAUGGACAAUAUGAGGAUAAAACAGAAUCGCAAAAUGAGUUGGUUUGGGUUUAUAAAGAAGACCAAAAAGUUGAGGAAAAUAAAGCACAAAUUGAAGAGGAAAGACUUUAUCAUAAAAGAAGAAGAGCCCGAGGCUAAAUAGCAUUGAUACAGAUCCUUGUCCUUCAAUAUUUCAAAAGCCAAAGAUAAUAUGAGAUAAAGAGCAUGUGAAGCCAAGGAAGUUUGCAAGAGCCAGCAGUAUCUCUAAGAAAGUUGAUGCACAUUUCUGGAGCUUAGACAAGGAAGAUACUAAGCUAAACAAUAUAAAAUCACCAAGGUUUGACUACUUAAAUAUUGGAAAUAUCACCUUUGACGAUAUUAAGGACUUUUCAAUGGGAGUAAUUCCAAAAUUUAAAUCGCACGACCAGUCAAAAGGUAGACAAUCAUUACUGAAUCAGAGCCCAAUGUUCAGUGAGAUGCGAGAUAAAGUCAAGGAAAUGAAAUAAUAGCAUCAAAAUUGACCGGAAAAUGUUCGGAACCAAUAAAAUCUCAAAUAUCCCAGGAAUCAGCUUGAAGAGGAAGACAUCAUCGAAAAGAAAAUUUUACAAUAAGAAGAGCCAUUUCAAGUCAGAAUUGAUAGAGAGUCUCUCUUCAAUGCUACUAGAUUCUAGCAGCAGUUCUUCUCAGUCUGGCAAUGAGGAUAAGAAGAAUUCAUGGAACGAUCUGAAGAGACGGAAUAAUAUUGGGAAUAGCUAUCAUGAACUCCCAGAGGAUAUUAUCUCUAAUUUUCCAUCCAUCUCAUCUAUUGCUGAGAAGAGCAAAAAAUUACCAAAAUUGAACUCAAAUAUCGACAACGAAAUCAUUGAAAGUGAGAAUGAAUUUGAUAGCGAGAUGGACAAAGAGGAACAGAAAUCUCAGAUCAACGAAAUAGCCCUCUCCCCUGUGGAGAAGAAGGUUGAUAAAUUUACUUCAAAAUCUCCUCAGCCCUCUCCUCGUUCUAUCUUCUAUGUUCACCAAAGUGGGAAGAAAGGGUUCAAGCGAAAACGAUGAGAUAAGUUGAAUAUCAAAAAGACUGAGGCUAGGUUGUUAAAGAAGCGUAAGCUCAAAAUCCCAAGAAAGUUAGUGCUCUAGAUAUAUAUA